UCGUUAACCUGUCAUCAUUUAUUAUACACAUUCAAAGAAAUAAACGAUAAUCUUAUGUAUGUACGAGAGUUUCAACUCAAAGAAAUGAAUACCUUAUACGUGCGCGGUAUAAAAUGCAUACGAAUGAGAACGUAAUAACAUUUUCCGCAAGGAUGUUUUUUAAAAAGAUUCAGACAUAACCUAACGUUCCCGUGAGAAAUAUGAAGAUAAUCAAGCAAAGAAUUUCGGAGAUAACGUGUUAAUAAAAAGAGGAGUUUGCCCAAGGCGAUUGUGAAAAUUAUGUAUCGCAUACAUGCUAAUGGAUAAACGAUUGUAUUCAACGUAAGAAAAUAACGUGAAGGAAAAAUGUGCGAGAAGUAUGUCAUUGGUUACUCGUUAUCCGAAAAAAAGCGACAGAAAUUUAUUUCGAACGAGUUUUAUAAUGCCUGUGAAGCCGAAGGGUUUCAAUUCAAAAUGAUUGAUAUAAACUCCGACCUUGAGUCUCAGGGACCAUUUCAUGUUUUUAUAUACAAGAUGAUGGAUAAAUUAGCAAACGCUGAACAUGGUGAUGAAAAUGCCAAAGCGAUCAUCGCAAAAGUAAAAGCCUAUUUCUGCCAGCAUCCAGAGAUAAUAGUUAUUGAUCCUUUGGACAAUAUUAGAAUUUUAAUAAACCGUUAUAAAUCAUAUGAAAUCUUGCAAGAAAAUUUACAACUUGAUGAGGUAUUUAUUCCAAAAUUUGUAGAACUUAAAAGUAAGGAUACUGCUGAGAAUACAUCAGUGUUAAAAACGGCAGGCGUUAAGUUCCCAUUUUUAUCCAAACCACUCGUCGCUCAGGGUUCCAAUGAUGCUCAUAAGAUGAUGAUAAUUUUCAAUGAAGAAGGUAUGAAAGAUUGCCAACCUCCUUGUGUGGCUCAAGAGUUUAUCAACCAUAAUGCAAUUCUCUAUAAAAUAUUCAUAGUCGGGGAAAACUUUCACGUAGCUGAAAGACCCAGUAUCAAAAACUUUUAUGAAAAAGACUGUACUGCAUUAAACACAAUAGUUUUUAAUUCCCAUGAGAUUUGUAAGAGCGGCUCCAAGUCUAAGUGGUCAAUUUUAUCGGAAGAUAACAUUCCAUUAACAGUGAAACCGAAGAAUGAGGUAUUGGAAAAGAUCGUUAAGAGAAUUACGAAACUCUUUGGACUUUAUCUUGUCGGCGUGGACGUCGUCAUUGAAAAUCAUACCGGAAAGUAUGCGAUAAUUGAUGUAAAUAUGUUCCCUGGUUAUGAUAGUUAUCCCAAUUUCUUUGAACAACUGAUAAGUUGUAUUAAGAAGUUAUUGCACGAACGCAAAGACUCGCAACAACAUUCUAAAAGUUAUACGUUAAAAAAAUGCUUGAGCGACGAUUUAGAUUCUGGCUUUGAAAGCGAUGAGAAAAAGAAAUAUCCUACGAAACUAAAUAAAUAAUGCAGUCAAAUUCGAAA